AACAUGCAGAAAUCAAAUUUCAUAUGAUAAGACCUGCAUUUGAGCAUAAUUUCAAGAAACAGAACCUUGUUCAAGAACAAAGCCUCUUUUCCCCUCCACGAACUACAUGCUGUCAAGGUGUUGAUCUCAAUCGCAACUUUGAUUGGUUUUUCGGACAGGUCGGCUCAUCUACUGAUCCCUGCUCUGAAAUUUAUCAGGGAGCAUACGCAUUUUCUGAGCCUGAAACAGCAUCAGUGCGAGAUUUUCUGGCACGUCAUAAAGUUCAUACAUUCCUUACCUUUCACUCAUAUUCGCAAAUUCUAAUGUAUCCAUUUGGACACCAAGUCAGGACUUACUCAAACGACCAUAACGAUUUGGGAGCAUACGCAUUUUCUGAGCCUGAGACAGCAUCGGUGCGAGAUUUUCUGGCACGUCAUAAAGUUCAUACAUUCCUUACCUUUCACUCAUAUUCGCAAAUUCUAAUGUAUCCAUUUGGACACCAAGUCAGGACUUACUCAAACGACCAUAACGAUUUGAGAUCUACAGCUUUGACUGCAUCCGCGCAUUUACGAAGAAUGUUUGGUACAACUUACAAAGUGGGGACCGGAGCUGAUACGCUUUAUCCUGCAUCAGGUGGUUCAGAAGAUUGGGCGAAAGGGAAAGCCCAUGUAAAAUACUCGUAUCUAUUCGAAUUAAGGCCUGAAGAACAGGUCUGGGACGGGUUCUUGCUAGCGGAAAAUCAGGUAAUAUCAGCACUAUCUUGUGGUUUCGUUGACAAAAAAUAGUC